AUGAUGCGCUCAGUGUCAAGGUCCGUUGGGACCUCGUCUCAGCAGCACAAUGUGCCAAAACACUUUGAUAUUCUCCCGUAUCCGCCCCUCAAAGUGCGCGUCCAUCCCGUCGUUGUCCUGACGAUUUUGGACGCUUACCUGAGACGCGAAGAAGGCCAGAUGAACGUCAUUGGAACGCUGCUGGGAACGGUAUCUGAAGGCAAUGUCGUGGACAUCUCUGACUGCUUCGUCGACAGACACUCUCUUACGGAUGAGGGUCUGCUGCAAAUCAUCAAGGACCACCACGAGACCAUGUACGAGUUGAAGCAACAAGUUAGCGGCAGCGGCGCGAAGGACAUCGUCGUAGGGUGGUUUUGCACCGGCAGCGAAAUGACCGAGUUGACGUGCGCCGUCCACGGCUGGUUCAAACAGUUCAACACCGUGUCCAAGUUCCAUCCGCAGCCGCCGCUUACGGAGCCGAUUCACCUGAUGGUGAACACCACCAUGGAUCGCGACAACCUGUCCAUCAAGGCCUACAUGCAAGUCCCGAUGAACAUGGCGAAGGACGCGUGCUUUCAGUUCCAGGAGUUGCCCCUGGAGCUCUUCGCCUCGUCCUCUGACCGGGCUGGCCUCUCCCUCCUCCUCAAGGUCAGGGAAGCGAACCGACGUCACCGGCAGCAGCACGAGGGCAACCGGGCGAGCGCGCUGUCGAGCAGCGCACCCUCUUCGGCCGCUGCUGUGGCAGCCAUUAGCGACACGCCGGGCGUUGCAGGUGUCCCAGUCAUCAAGCAAGGCUUGGGCGCGGCUCUCGAGAAGCUGUCGGACCAGCUGAACAAGUGCGGGGCGUACGUGCGGAGCGUCCUUGACGGAUCCGAGAAGGCAGAUCCUGAAAUCGGUCGGUUCCUUAGCAAGGCGCUCUGCGUGGAAGCUGUUCAGGACCUCGAGGUCUUUGAACAAAUGUGCCAAAACGCGCUCCAAGAUAACCUCAUGGUGGUCCACCUGACCAGCCUGGCUCGGCUGCAGUUUGCGGUUGCUGAGAAACUCAACACGUCCUUCUUCUAA